AUGAUCCCAAUGUUUCAAAUCCCGAAUUCCCAAAAAAGCCCUUGGAAAUGGGGUUUGGGGAUUGGGAAAUUAUGAAAAGUGCAAAAGUCCAAGCUCUUUUUAAUUUACAGUGAAUUCUCCUGAAUCCCAUUCUUGACAUUACCCAAAGCCAAAAUUUUCCAUCAAAUUCCUCAAAUUUCAACAAAAAACUACAAAAAAAGCAAGACUUUGAAGAAAUUUUAA